UGAUCCGCGGGUCGCUGAAGUCGCGCUCGCACGCGCCCGGCCCGGCCCGGCCCAUGGCAGCGGCGGCGGUGCGGGCGGUGCUGGGCGCCGGGGCGGCCCGGGUGGCUGCCGCCGGGCUGUGCGGCUGUGGGGCGGGCGCCUUCCGGGCGAGCCCCCUCUGCACCCUGGCCCCCUUGCAGCAGCAGCCGCCGCCGCCCGCGGCUCCCCCGGACAUGAAGAGCUACUUGUGGUCGCACUACAAGGAGGCCAAGAAGGUGACCAAGGAUUUGGUUCCAUCAAUUAUGAGUAACUUGCUAAAUCCAGAUGCUAUAUUUUCCAACAAUGAAAUGAGUCUGUCAGACAUUGAAAUCUAUGGCUUUGAUUAUGACUACACGUUGGUCUUCUAUUCUAAACAUUUGCACACGUUGAUCUAUAAUGCUGCUCGGGAUCUUCUUAUUAAUGAACAUCGGUAUCCUGCAGAAAUAAGGAAGUAUGAUUAUGAUCCCAGUUUUGCAAUACGAGGACUUCAUUAUGAUGUACAUCGGGCAUUAUUAAUGAAGAUUGAUGCUUUUCAUUAUAUCCAGUUGGGAACAGUGUACAGGGGUCUUACUGUUGUUCCGGAUGAAGAAGUCAUUGCAAUGUACGAUGGUUCCCAUGUCCCGUUGGAACAAAUGAGUGACUUUUAUGGAAAGAGCUCACAUGGAAACACAAUGAAACAGUUCAUGGAUAUAUUCUCUCUGCCAGAGAUGACUCUCCUUUCCUGUGUGAAUGAAUAUUUUCUGAAGAACAACAUAGACUAUGAGCCUGUUCAUCUGUACAAAGAUGUCAAGGAUUCGAUUAGGGAUGUACACAUCAAAGGAAUAAUGUACAGAGCAAUUGAGGCAGAUAUUGAAAAGUACAUUUGCUAUGCUGAGCAGACCCGUGCAGUGUUAGCGAAGCUGGCUGACCAUGGCAAGAAAAUGUUUCUCAUCACAAACAGUCCAAGUAGCUUUGUGGACAAGGGUAUGAAGUUCAUAGUUGGAAAGGACUGGAGAGAUCUUUUUGAUGUUGUCAUUGUACAGGCUGACAAGCCAAACUUCUUUAAUGAUAAGAGAAGACCAUUUCGGAAGGUGAAUGAAAGGGGAGUGUUGCUUUGGGACAAAAUUCACAAAUUGCAGAAAGGCCAGAUAUACAAGCAGGGUAACUUAUAUGAAUUUUUGAAGCUUACUGGCUGGAGGGGUUCCAGAGUCCUGUAUUUUGGUGACCACAUUUACAGUGAUCUGGCAGAUUUGACUCUGAAGCAUGGCUGGCGUACUGGUGCCAUUAUUCCAGAGUUACGAUCAGAGAUUAAAAUCAUGAACACGGAGAAAUAUAUUCAAACCAUGACCUGGCUACAAACCCUGACUGGAUUACUGGAGCAUAUGCAGGUCCACAGAGAUCCAGAUUCUCAAAUGGUUUUAGAAGAAUGGAAAAAAGAAAGAAAAGAAAUGAGGGAAACUACCAAGAACUUCUUCAAUUCACAGUUUGGGAGCUUAUUCAGAACUGACCAGAAUCCAACCUAUUUUCUACGGCGGUUGUCUCGAUUUGCUGAUAUUUACAUGGCAUCACUGAGUUGUCUCUUGAACUAUGAUCCCAACUACACAUUUUAUCCAAGGAGGACUCCUUUGCAGCAUGAGCUCCCUACCUGGUCAGAUCAGCUGUGUACUGGUACAUUCAGAAUACCUUUCCUACAAGAGAUGCUUCAGAUCAAAUGAGUGCUGGGCUUGUCCAUCACUGUCAUUAGUUCUCCCCACCAAUGAGUGCAUCUACCCAACUCAUUUUAUCAGAAUGUAGAUGCCCUUCUGUAAAGCAUCUACUGAAGUAAUUCUCAACCAGGGGGCUGCAGCACUUUGGAGUGCAGUGAGACCUUUUUACGGUGCCAUAGAAUAUUAGCGCUCUUAGGUGUGCAAACACCUACACAUGAUUCGCAAGAUAAAACCAGGGAUUUUAAAUAGGAACCCAUAAUUUCAUAAACAUUCUAAUUUAUUGUGGUCUUUCUGAGUUAUUUGCAACAGAAGAGUCGUUCUAUCAUUGUGAAAGCUAAGAGCUGGCAUUUUCCAAGGGGUGCCUUCGGUCUAAAAGCAUUGAGAAACACUCAUCUUGCACAUCCAUAUUGCCUAUCUUGAUCUGGUCUACAUUAACAGACCAAGAAUUUAUGCAUUAUUGGCCUCUUCUCUUCUCUGUGUGUAACUGCUCUUAAAAGUGGAGUUUGUUACAGUUGCACAUGAUGGGGAACAUUGACCUCCAAGAAUGUUAGCUGGAAAAACAGAUUUUUUUUCCCCAUAGCAAAACUCCUCUCCACAUCCUUCUGGUUUACAGAGACAAAAAUGUUUCUUUCGUUUUGGUACUAGAGUUCCACCUGGUGACUCUGAUUAUAUUUUGACAUGAUAGAAAAUGUUGAAGUUAAUUUUUUUUAAAUUCAGAGCACUAUUGUCCAGUUGACUGUGAGGUGGGAGGGUCAGGUAUAGUGUAGUAUAGUAACUUCCCUUGCCAUAUUUCAAAGUGUAAUGGCUUUUAAUCAUGUCCUACAGAGAGCAGGCCUAUGCUGCAGUCACAACAAUGAUUGCAUUGCAGUGCAUUGUAGAGACUGCACCUGAGCUAGCUUUGAAUUAGCUAGUUCAGGAGCCAGUAGGAAUGUAGCCUCCAUAGCAUAGAGCUCAGCACAGGCCUUAGGCUGUGGUAGGUUCUGGGGUAGGUUUUCAACCCUGCACUGAGUUGUGCAGUGCUGCAGCUAAACAGCUUUGAGUACCUGAGCUAGUUUGUUUGGAAGUAGCUCAGGUGUUUCUAUAAUAUACUGCAGUUACAAUAGGGAUCGCAGUGUAGACAUACUCUGAGAUUCAUAGCUAAGAGGCUGCUUUUUCUGUCUGUGUGCAUUCAUAGCAUCAUACUUUGUUCCACCCAUGACAAAAAAAAAAAAUGUAAGCUUUGUCCAUGUACAAGUGUGACUAGUAAUACUUUUUAACUUUUGUGGUCAGCUUAAUGCACCUUGAAUGAACAUAAUUUUCAGACAGUGCUGAACCACCUGCCCUCUGGUGUGUGGAAUUAUGCAUCUUUUGAAACCUGGGAACCAUAGUUCUCCAUGAAAGACUGCAUUUGAACACUAAAUCAACAUGUAGCUUUUUGCUCAUUGUUGAAUGAUGUCUUAUAAUGUUUUAUAUGUAAUUAUGAAAAUGGUUUUAUGUAACCUUUGAAAUUUCAAAAGAUGCGCAUGACUAGCCAAAGGACUUUAAGACAAAGAAAACUGAAAAGCAAAAUAUCUAAUUAAUUUUUUAAAACUGUCAAAGUUGAGGUGAGAGACUAAUUGGAUGGAGUGAAAUAACUUUGACUGUAUGGACUAGCAAGAAUAUUUAUUUAAAGUACUGAUGUCCUAUGUUAAUAGAUGAGCAGGAACUUCACACUGUACAGUUCUUGAUGUUUCAAAGACUGAACUGAAGUUUACUUGUAUUUCGCACAAAGGAAGCAUCUUAUGACACGUUUCCUGAAACAGGCACUUUAUUAAACCACUAGAGAAGUGUUUUCUAUCUGGGGUCUUUUCCCUGUUCUGUGACCAAAGGAGAGCUUUCUCUCAUCAGUGCUUCCCUAUCCAACCAUUUCAGGACCUCCGUAGUUUGAUUCAAUUUAACCCUUUUAAAAUAUAUAUUUUAUCUGUUAAAGUUUCUAAAUUUUAAGUAGUUCCUGAAAAUAUAACUAGUAAAUUGUAUACAGCAAGAAUUAUUCUUCAUUUCCUUUUAGGGCAUAAUUUGCUUCCAACCAUGAUCAUCAGGUAAAUGAACUUUUGCUGACCAAAAGGUGGCUUUUCUUUUUUUUUUUUUCUUUUUUUUUUCCCUUUCCUUCUUCCCUUCCACCUCUGUCCCCCUCCUCCCCGAGCCUUUUCCAUUCAUCUAUAUUUGUGUGUCUGGAAUGUUUUUGACAUGCAAUAUUUUUCAAAUUCUAAAAAGCAUGUUUGCAAACUGAAGGAUGUAUUUUAAAACUGCUUGUAUAAUUCCAAAUGUCCUGGAUGCUUGAAGUAAAUUUGUUGCUGGCCUGGAUAUAAUAUUGGUUAUAAUAUUCUUGUUCACAGUUUUCUUGAGCUUGUUUUCCAAACCUGAACACCCCCCCCUUGAAAUGCAUGAGUUUUAAUUUGCUGGGGAGGAAGAGAAAUCUCCAGUGAUCCUUAGUCUAGCUUUACCAGGUGUGUUGUUGCCUAGAUUAUACAAGAUCUCUUUAAGAGAAAUCUAUUUUGUAUGCUGAAGUUUGUGUGUGGCAGAAUCCCCAAUUUAGUUUUCAGUACUUUAUUAUCAUAAUGCUAAGCUAGAACAGAAACUUGAUUUUACUGUACAUAGCAUCUUUCAUACUCCAGGGAUCUCAAAACACUUUUCCAAUGAUUGUAUUCUAGAGUAUAACUAGUAAAUGAAGCAAUGAAGGCACUAUGCUUUUUCCAUCUGACUGAAUGGUGAAUGUUAUAUUUAAAAAUUGUGCAUUGUCACAACUUUUUGGUGCUUAUGCUCUUGAUGUUGACACUUAAUGUUUAGUCUCUUUAAAUCUGGUUUAAAAGUCAGUCCUGAUAUACUGCUCAAGUGUUAAACAAGAACAAUUAAAUAGAUAUUGUGUGGGAAGAUUUUGUUAGUAAAUCUGUACUGUGCAUUGUUUCAAGUCUAAUUUCAUAAAUCAGUAAAAUAUUAUUGUUCAUAGCUAUUGAGAGCUGUGUGAGAGCAGUUGUUUAAAUUUUUAGCAUGUUGCUUGAUUUCUUUAAUAUGUACUACACACAAGUUUUAGUGGUGGGGGAUUCAUAUUUUUCAGCAAACAGUAAAUAUGAGUUUGACAAGUUUAUUAAGUAGUCAUAUUUACAUUUUCAGUGCUAGAAUACUUUUCUUAUUUUGGCAUAACUUUAAAAAUGCUUAGUUUUUCUAACUGCCUCAGCUCUUUAACUAUGUAGCUCUGCUUUCUGUGUUAAUUACUUCUUUAACACUUCCAUUGCUGACUCCAUGCAGAUUUUACAGCAUGUUUAAAGGACAGUGUCCCUUUUAAUUUUUGAAGUUUAUUUCAGGUGAACACCAAAAUGAGGUGAAUUGUUUAUAUCUAAUCUAAAUUGGUAAUCCAGAAAACUUAAUCUUCUGAUCUAGAGGAAAAAUAAAGUUUGGUUAGUAAAACUGUAUAAGAGUGUAACCAUUAUGAUAAACUAUUUAAUUUUGCCACAAUAAAAAGUUCUUGUGUUUUA